CUUCAUUCUUUCAUUCAUUCACUCAUUCAAUUAUCGUUCAUUCGUCAUGGUUCAAAAUCGAGCACCCACUGAAGCCGAGCUGGCUGAUCUGAAGGCUGCGCUGGCCAAGCACGGCCAGGAGCAUCUGCUGCACUUUUGGCCGACGCUGACGGACAUCCAGCGCUCGCACCUCUACGCUGACAUCAAGUCGCUGGACCUCGCGCGUGUCAAUCUCGACUUUGUGGCUGCCAUGAAGACGUCUGGCGCAGAGUCGCAGAGCAAGCUCGACGCGCUCAUUGCGCCGCUGCCAGCAGACCGCGUCGGCUCCACCACGGACAAGGCCAACGCCAAGCAGUGGCGCCAGCAUGGCCUCGAACUCAUUGCAGAUGGCAAGUGCGCAGUCUUGCUCCUCGCGGGCGGCCAGGGCACACGUUUGGGAACGGCCGACCCCAAGGGCAUGUACGAUGUCGGCCUUCCCUCGCACAAGUCGCUCUACCAGCUCCAAGGCGAACGCAUUGUGCGAUUGCAGCAGCUCGCAGCUGAAACUUCCAAGAAGGCAUCGGUGACUCUGAUGUGGUACGUCAUGACCAGCGACACGACAGACGCCAAGACGAAAGAGUUUUUCGCCUCGCACAACAACUUUGGCCUGCGCGCAGACCAGAUCUUCUUUUUCGAGCAAGAAAACAUCCCUUGCAUGUCGUUUGAAGGCAAGAUCAUUCUGGCGUCGCCGUGGCAGAUUUCGCGCGCCCCGAACGGCAACGGCGGCCUGUUUUCGAGCAUGGAGCGCAGCGGGGCCCUGAGCGACAUGGAGAAGCGCGGCAUUGAGCGCGUGCACGUGUAUGGCGUGGACAAUGUGCUUGUUCGUCUCGGCGACCCCGUGUUCUUUGGCUACUGCUCGGAGAAGAAGGUUGACUGCGGCAACAAGGUGGUCGCCAAGGCCUAUCCGGACGAGCCCGUCGGUGUGCUCUGCCUGUGCGAGGGCAAGCUGCGUGUCGUCGAGUACUCUGAAAUCACAAAGGAGACUGCUGCGCGGACCAACGCCGCCGGCGAGCUCGUGUUCAACGCCGGCAACAUUGCCAACCACAUGUUCUCCGUCCCCUUCUUGCGCGCCCUGCUCACUGAGCACCGCGACGCCCUCGUCCACCACGUUGCCAAGAAGAAGAUUCCGUUUGUCGACGUUGCCUCCGGUCAGAUUGUGACGCCCAAGGAGCCGAACGGCGUCAAGCUCGAAAUGUUUGUUUUCGACGUCUUCCCGCUCUCCACCAACUCGGGCGCCCUGCAAGUUCUCCGCGACGAAGAGUUCUCGCCCUUGAAGAAUGCCCCUGGAGCUGGCAAGGACUGUCCCGAGACGUGCCGCGCCGAUUUGCUCAAUCUGCACGCCUCCUACGUCGCAGCCGCGGGCGGCCGCCUUCUUCCCGAUGCCGCGGUCGAAAUCUCGCCCCUUGUCACGUAUGCCGGCGAAGGACUUGAGCCUUACACCAUGAACAAGAUCUUCAAGGACACGACGGUGGUUUUGCCAAAGUGAGCGCAGUGUUCCGGUUGAGCUUUGCUUCGGUGUGUUGCGUUUUUUUCCCUUGUUGUAUCGAUGCUUGUAUGUGAUCUAGUUUUUGUAUCGACAAUCAAACGAUGCUUGUAGUAUGAGCUGGUUUUUUUUGGUGUCGACC